UAGCACAGCAUACAAAAAUAACAGUCACAGAGAGGUUUGAGCAUCCUAGCUAUAGCCGCAAUGGCACAAGAUAGUCAAGUAACCGUAGUGAUGGUACCAUUUCUAGCCCAAGGCCACUUGGGCCAACUCCUCCACCUCUCCCGUCUCAUCUCCUCCUACAACAUCCCGGUCCACUACGUCAGCACAACCACUCACAUCCGCCAAGCCAGCAGCCGCCACCAGGGCUGGGACCUCGCUGCCCACCCCAACAUUCAUGUCCAUGAGUUCCCAAUCCCACCUUUCCACUGUCCAGCUCCUAACCCCAAUGCUCAGACCAAAUACCCUUCUCAGCUUCAACCAGCGUUCGAAGCCUCGAUUCAUCUCCGCGAUCCUGUCGCCAGACUUUUUACUUCUCUUUCAAACACUUUUCGCAGAGUUGUCAUCAUUCACGACUUUCUAAUGGGCUCCGUGGUUCAGGAUUUUGUGUCCUUGCCUAAUGUUGAGUCCUAUAUUUUUCAGAGCACAAAUGCUUUCUUUUUUUCUUCCUACUACUGGGAUUUAGCAGGCAAGCCUGGUUCUCCUGAUGACAAUGUAUUUCAACAAUUACCUUCUUUCGAAGGCUGUUUUACUCCCGAGUCGAUGGCUCAUGGGGAAAAACAACAGAUUUGCGUCAAAAACAGCUCUGGUGAACUUUACAAUACUUCUAGAUCAAUUGAAGGUCAUUACUUUGAUUUGCUCCAGAAAUUCCAACCUGACAAGAAACAGUGGGCCAUUGGACCGUUCAACCCGGUGGAUAUCUUUGAGAAACCGGAUCAGCAACGACACGAAUGCUUGCAGUGGCUGGAUAAUCAAGCUUCAAAUUCAGUGAUAUAUGUUUCUUUCGGGACUACAACUUCUCUAACUGAUGAACAAAUCCACGCCAUUGCGGUUGGCUUAGAGAAUGGGGGCCAAAAGUUCAUUUGGGUCUUAAGGGACGCGGAUAAAGGAGAUAUAUUCGGGGGAGAUGUCAGAAAAUCUGAAUUGCCAAUGGGGUACGAAGACCGGAUACUAGAAACCGGACAAGGUAUGAUAGUGAGGGGCUGGGCGCCGCAGUUAGAAAUUCUGGCGCAUGCCUCCACAGGAGGGUUUAUGAGUCACUGCGGAUGGAAUUCAUGUUUGGAAAGCCUGACAAUGGGAGUGCCUAUGGCUACAUGGCCGAUGCAUUCAGACCAGCCUAGAAAUGCUGUGCUAAUAAGCAAGGUACUGAAGGUAGGAAUUGUGGUUAAGGAAUGGACUCCAGGGCAUGACUUGGUUGAGUCUUUCUAUAUUGAAAAUGCAGUGAAAAAGUUAAUAUCAUCCACAGAAGGCCAUGAAAUGAGGAAGAGAGCAGCGGAUUUGAGGAAUGCCAUCAAGAAAUCUGUAGCACAAGGCGGGGUUAGUCGCCUCGAAUUGGAUUCGUUUAUCGAUCAUAUUAUGAGAUUGAAUUAGCAGUCCAAUGCCAUCGGCUUUCGAAUAAACUGCAAUUAGUUUUGUUGUUUUUGAGUGAUAUGGUACUAUCAUUGUCAGCUGUUUGCAAGUUAGCUAUGUCUUGCAUUUUUUACAUAAACUUCAACUACUUGCAUUUAGGUACAUUUAUAUCACAACCAAAUGGCUUCCAUUUAUAUCACAACCAAAUGGAGUGUUGACCAGGUACCAUGUGUCCAUGUCUGUUCCUCUGUACGAAAUGAAAUUAAUCGCAUGGGAUUCAGACU